AUGGAGAGGACCAGCUACCAGGGCCUGAUGAUUUGCACUGGGCAAGGGAUCAUGAAUCAUGGUGCCGGAAGCCUGGACUUGGCGAUGAAUGUCACCCUGCGCCUUGCGAACCUUCGUCUACAGGAUGCACAGGCCACCAAGGACCUGGACAAGGAGAUGAUCGACGGCCUCGUGUUGAACAGUGGUGGCUUUGAGAAGGUCAAUGCUUUUCUCAUCCAGACACUCAAAAAGGCGCUGAAAGCUACUCAGAUGCGUGUGCGGGACGAUCUGGAGUCGGUGAGAGCCACUCUGUCCGUCGCCGAGCUCCGAAGCAGCACUCUGAGGAAGAGCUGCAGCAGCAAGUCGUCUGCCUCACCCGUGAAACCUGGCCUCCGGCGAUCGCAAAGCUUGAACUACCAGAAAGUGCGCUCCAGACAGAAACUCAGAUAUUGGAGUUCCAGAGCGCUUUCCGCUGAUGCCCAUACCGCCUCCACUUCUUUGUCUUCGAAUCAUGGGAAGAGCUACUCCUCAAAGCCAUCCGCAGUGUUAUUGGGUGCUUCAAGCUCCUGUGGGCCUCAAAAGAUUGACUCAUUGUCUUCGCACUGCAGGGUGCCAAGCUCUGACACGGCCUGGUCGGCUCUAACCUUCUCUGAGAAG